AUGAAGAAGGCUGGAAUUGUCGGCAAAUAUAGUAACCAAAUUACUGCAUUACGUACGCGAUAUGGUGCCAGUCUUAGGAAGCAGAUCAAGAAGAUGGAAGUGAGUCAACACAGCAAAUACUUCUGCGGAAAGUACGCCGCUAAGAGGAAAGCUGUUGGCAUUUGGGGUUGCAAAGAUUGCGGGAAAGUGAAAGCAGGCGGUGCAUACACAAUGAACACGGCGAGUGCUGUGACCGUUAGGAGUACCAUCAGACGGUUGAGAGAGCAAACCGAGAGCUAG